CGGCUCUUUGAACCGACUCGUUCGCGACCGACACAUCACUACUUGUGAGCCCAUUCAGCCAAGAUGGCGAGCGGUGGAGGAGUCUCGGUGGCUUCUCUGUGGACUGAAGUGAACCGCUGUGGACAGAAUGGAGACUUUACAAGAGCCCUGAAAGCUCUGACUAAAAUUCUGCAUGAAAACAGGGAUGAUGUGACGGCCCAUCACUGUAAAAUAGUUUGCCUUGUCCAGAUUGGGAGCUUCAAAGAGGCGCUGAAUGUCAUGAACACACAUUCAAAACUGCUCAGCAGUGAUGUUGUGUUUGAGAAGGCGUACUGCGAGUACCGGCUGAACAGAGUGGAAAGCGCCCUGAAGACCAUCGAGGCUGCUCCUGAACAAACAGACAAGUUGAAAGAGCUCUACGGUCAAGUGUUGUACAGACUGGAGCGCUACGACGACUGCAAGUCCGUCUACACAGAUCUGAUCAGGAACUCCCAGGAUGAGUACGAGGAGGAAAGGAAGACCAACCUCGCUGCUGUGGUGGCUUCUAUGAGUCAGUGGGAGGAAGCUCCGUUGGAGGAUUUAGGUCUUCCCGAGUCCACGUAUGAGCUGUGCUACAAUGCUGCCUGCGCUCUGAUUGGCCAGGGACAGCUAACAGAGGCCAACAAUAAACUACAACAAGCAGAAGAGCUUUGCAGAGCCUCGUUGGCAGAUGAUUCUGAUGUGACUGAGGAGGACAUCGAGUCAGAGCUGGCCGUCAUCCAUUCUCAGAUGGCGUUCAUCAUGCAGUUACAAGGUCGGACAGACGAGGCCCUGCAGCUCUACAACCAGGUCAUCAAGCUCAAGCCAUCAGAUGUUGGGCUGCUUGCUGUGACCGCCAACAAUAUCAUUACGAUAAACAAGGACCAAAACGUGUUCGACUCAAAGAAAAAGGUGAAACUGACGAACGCUGAAGGUGUCGAAUACAAGCUGGCGACGAAGCAGCUGCAGGCCAUCGACUUCAACAAAGCCCUCCUGGCCAUGUACACUAACCAGGCUGACCAGUGCAGGAAACUGUCAUCCAGUCUUCAGUCUCAGAAUCCGGGUCACCCGCGGCCGGUUCUCAUCCAGGUCGCUCAGCUGUGCAGAGAGAAGCAGCACAGUCGGGCCAUAGAGCUGCUCCAGCAAUUCUCAGACCAACAUCCAGAGAGUGCAUCUGGCAUUAAACUGACAAUGGCACAACUCUAUUUAAUACAAGGUCACGUAACAAAAGCUUGUGAUGUUCUAAGGUCCAUUGAAGAGUUCAAGCACAAAUCGGGGAUGAUUUCAGCUCUGGUAACGAUGUACUCCCACGAAGAAGACAUUGACAGCGCUAUUGAGAUUUUCAAACAAGCCAUUGAGCACUACCAGUCUGAACAGACCGGAUCCGCUGCACACUUGGCACUUGUACGAGAAGCUGCCAAUUUCAAACUGAAGUACGGACGGAAAAAAGAGGCCAUUAGUGAUCUGGAGCAGCUGUGGAAGCAAAACACCAACGACAUCCACACACUGGCACAACUCAUCUCGGCGUAUUCUUUGGUGGACACGGAUAAAGCCAAAUCCCUCAGCAAGCACCUGCCCUCUGCAGACACAAUGGCGCUCAAUGUGGACGUGGACGAGCUGGAGAACUCCCACGGGGCCACCUACGUCAGGAAAAAGGCUGCUAAGGUCACAGUAGAAAAACCUUCCAAAGAACAAAGCCAACCAGGCGAGAUCAAAAAGAAGAAGAAGAAAAAGAGAGGCAAACUUCCCAAGAACUGCGACCCCAAAGCGACCCCUGACAUUGAGAGGUGGAUGCCCAUGAGGGAGCGUACCUACUACAGAGGCAAGAAGAAGGGGAAGAAGAAGGAGCAGAUAGGAAAAGGCACACAGGGAGCGACGGCAGGAGCUUCGGCCGAGCUGGAUGCCAGUAAGACAGCCAGCAGCCCCCCUACCUCCCCCAGACCAGGGUCUGCAUCUGGUUCAUCUACAGCCCCCGCCAGCAACGUAGUCCCCCCACGACAGCAGAAACCUGCAGCCUCGGGGGCCACGCGCAAGAAGGUACCACAGAAGAAGAAGAAGGGAGGCAAAGGAGGCUGGUAGUCGGAGGGAAGCAACACAUGAGGCAGAGAGGGGCCAUGAGAUACGGUGAUGUCUCACCAAGAAAUCAUAAGCUUUUCUCUUUUUUACGUUUCAAGUUAAAUUUACUUUUGUUCUGGAUAUUCAUUUAAAUAUGUGAAACCAAAAGUUCCCCUCUGUUGUUAAAAGUACAGAAGAGGGAGAGUAUUUAAAGGACAAUUCAACUGAAAUUAACUUUUUGUUGCUCUGCAAAAGCAGAUUUCAGCAGUGUUUCUGUUUUUUCUUUUUAACUCAUGACCUUCUAAGGUCACAGUAAAAUGGAUUAAACUGCAGAUGUUGCCACCUAGUUUUUCAUUAAAGGUCAGAAAACUGUUAUCUGAUGCUUUUUUUGCUUUUUUUUGUUUUUGUUUUUUAUCAAAAUGACUCACAUUCGUCCCCCUUGUAAUGUGUGAGGUUUUCACAGAGACACUGCAUACAGAAACAUCUGUAAAUGUCUUUAAUAAAAUGUGAUAAUAGAUUGUUUGGUUGAUCCAUCCAACCACUAUUCAAUGAAGUUUCAAUUGAAUCAUUAAAAUCAUGUCCCUAUUCACAUCAUCAGAUUUAACAUUUUCAUUUAAUUCAGUGUCAUUGCUGUAUAUUAUAGCAUUUUUUCUUAAUAUUGUUAAUUAAUAACUUAAAAUCCACAGAUCAAUUCAAAUGGUUAAGACCGUAGAAAAUAAACUGCUUUUGCAUACUAACUUUAAGUCCAAUUUUGGGAGAAUUGUCCUUAAUAUCUCUUGGGUCUGAGUAUUAGGAUCUCAUACUCUGGCUGUUUGCUUCAUGUUUCCUUAAAUUGUCCCUUUACUUUCAAUCAGCUGCAAAGAUGCAACGUUAAAGAAUAUUUAUUUUGAAUCCCUGAGUUGGUCUAAAUUCAAGCAAAAGAAUUUAAAUUCUUGAAUUUAAGUCUGUCCAAAGCAUGUUUUAGGACCAAACAGGUGUCCCUUUUUGUUAAGUCUUAAUAAAACCCUUAACAAUGA